ACAUUGGUCCUCCAGGGCCGAGGGGGACACCAGGGAUGCCAGGACUUCCUGGAUUGUUUGGAUUAAAGGGUUUGAAAGGAUACCAAGGUUUCCCUGGUCUGCCUGGGAGGAGGGGGCUCCCAGGUCCCCCGGGGCUCCCAGGACCCCCCGGAGAGUCUCUGAACAUGACGCUGACUCAACUCAAGGACCUGAUGUACUUGUCCGAUAAGCCCAACUACCCUCUGAUCCAGACUCUGCUGGACUCUCUGCAGCAGGAGCUCCGUCUGAUGGUGGAUCCUCCUGACGGCACCAAGGAGCAUCCAGCUACAACCUGCAUGGAGCUCUGGAUCUGUCACCCCGAGUACAGCAGCGGAAUGUAUUACAUCGACCCCAACCAGGGCAGCCCGGCCGACGCUCUGCUGGCCUUCUGCAGCUUCUCCUCCUCAUCAAAACAGACCUGCCUUCAUCCUCGACACUCUCAGUUGCCCAUGAAAGCCUGGAUGGAGGACUUUUCUGAAGAGGGAUCCUUCCAGUGGCUCAGCAGGCUGGACCAGGGCUUUCAGUUUUACUAUCCAGGUGCUAAUGUGGUCCAGAUGCGUUUCCUGAGGUUACACAGCACCACAGCCAUGCAGAACAUGACGUACUCCUGUCACCCAGGACAUAGACUGGGCCAGACGGACCAAGACGUCAAGUUCCUCACCGACAGCAGGAAGCAAAGUUACCUGGGAACGCUGCAGGACUGUGUGCCUGGAGAGGAGACGGUUUCUGGAGCUCGGGAGUCUGUGUUUCAGUUUGAGGACCUCCACCUGCUCCCUCUGAGAGACGUAGCACUAACGGGAAGCAGAAACUUCACACACGAGUUCGGCUUCACGGUCGGGCCGGUGUGUUUCAGCUAGAGGAGCUAACGCCGAGCUGUCCCAGAGAAACUCGCAGGUCCAGGACUCGAACCACGGACACCAAACCUGCAGAGGACGACUGGAACAUCUCUUCCAUUUUCUGAAGAUGUCACUUCCUCUUCCUCUUGUUCUGGGGAGAUUUGAUCUCUCUUGUUGAAUGACUCCGUAUUCAUGAAUUUCAGAGGACACAAGCGUCCUCGGGCUUUUUUUUUUCCACGGAGAAGUCAAUUUUGUUUACAGAGACGCUUAUCUUGUAUUGAAUAAUUUAAAAAUGUAUGUUUUUUUUAUUCUUUAUAUACAACGUUUUUUGUUUUUUUCUGUGUUUGAUUUUUUUGUUAUGUAUUUUGGGCUUCUGUCAUAGCCGGCCCAGUGUGUAUACACUGCAAAAAAGAUGUUUAGUCUAAAAACCAGAUCAAACAGUAAAUCUGAGGGAAAUGAUCUUGCUGCAUGGACAGAUAAUUUACCUUGACAAG